AUGCGUCGUCUAGCAACGAGGGCUGUUUCAGCAUCUGCUACCACCGGUCGUCUUGUACAAUCAUCCAGCACUCCCAGAUCCGCCCUUCUCGUCUCAUCAUCCAGAAUGGCCCCCUCUGCAAAGCCCGCCUCAUCAACAGCGGUGAGGAGGUUACACGCUACAGCACAGCACCUAAGUCCAACCUCGGCCGCCGCCGGGCUUUCCAGCACGGCCACCAGCUUCCCAAACACACACGACAAGAUCUCAGACGUGCAGAACACCCCCUUCUUCGUUGAUAACAAGUUCGUCUCCUCGAGCACGACCGAGUUCAUCGACCUGCACGACCCGGCCACCAACAACCUAGUGACGCGCGUGCCGCAGAAUACGGACGCGGAGCUCCAGGCGGCCGUCGCCUCGGCGCAGAAGGCCUUUGAGACAUGGCGCAACACCAGCGUGCUGCACCGGCAGCAGAUCAUGUUCAAGCUCGUGGCCCUGAUCCGCGAGAACUGGGACCGGCUCGCCGCGAGCAUCACCCUCGAGCAGGGCAAGACCUUUGCCGACGCCAAGGGCGACGUGCUCCGCGGCCUGCAGGUUGCCGAGGCCGCGUGCGGUGCGCCUGAGUUGUUGAAGGGCGAGGUGCUCGAGGUGGCGAAGGAUAUGGAGACGAGGACGUACCGCGAGCCGUUGGGGGUGGUGGCCGCGAUUUGCCCGUUUAACUUCCCCGCCAUGAUUCCUCUCUGGUGUAUCCCCAUCGCCACCGUGACCGGCAACACGCUCAUCCUCAAGCCGUCGGAGCGCGAUCCCGGCGCGGCCAUGAUCCUGGCCGAGCUCUGCCAGAAGGCCGGCUUCCCCGACGGCGUGGUCAAUAUCGUGCACGGCGCCCACCGCACCGUCAACUUCAUCCUCGACGAGCCCGCCAUCAAGGCCGUCAGCUUCGUCGGCGGCAACAAGGCCGGCGAGUACAUCUUCACGCGCGGCUCGGCCAACGGGAAGCGCGUGCAGGCCAACCUCGGCGCCAAGAACCACGCCGCCGUGCUCCCCGACUGCAACAAGAACCAGUUCCUCAACGCCGUCGUCGGCGCCGCCUUUGGCGCGGCCGGCCAGCGGUGCAUGGCCCUCUCGACGCUCGUCAUGGUAGGCGAGACCAAGGACUGGCUCCCCGAGCUCGCCGAGCGCGCCAAGGGGCUGUCGGUCAACGGCGGAUUCGAACCGGGCGCCGACCUCGGCCCCGUCAUCACCCCCCAAAGCAAGGCGCGCAUCGAGUCCCUCAUCGCGUCGGCCGAGGCCGAGGGCGCCAACAUCCUCCUCGACGGGCGCGGGUUCAAGCCGGCCAAGUACCCCAACGGCAACUGGAUAGCACCCACUAUCAUCUCCAACGUCACCCCCCAGAUGCAGUGCUACCGCGAGGAGAUCUUCGGCCCCGUGCUGGUGUGCCUCAACGUCGACACGCUCGACGAGGCCAUCGACCUGAUCAACGCCAACGAGUACGGCAACGGCGUCGCCAUCUUCACGCGCUCGGGCCCUACCGCCGAGACCUUCCGCCGCCGCAUCGAGGCCGGCCAGGUCGGCAUCAACGUCCCCAUCCCCGUGCCUCUCCCCAUGUUCAGCUUCACCGGCAACAAGAAGAGCAUCGCCGGCGGCGGCGCCAGCACCUUCUACGGCCGCCCCGGUAUUAACUUUUACACGCAGCAAAAGACCGUCACGGCGAUGUGGAGUGCCGAGGAUGCGAUCUCGAAGAAGGCUGAUGUGGCGAUGCCCACGCAUAGCUGA